AUGGAUUUCGAAGCGCUCAAGGACCAAUGGAGUGAUGUGGAAGACCGCGAUGGAAUCAGGCUCAGUUGGAACACUUUCCCGAGCACUCGCAUGGAAGCCUCCCGUCUAGUCGUCCCGAUUGCCGCUGUCUACACCCCACUGAAGGAGAAGCCUGACUCCCCAUUGCUUCAAUACGAGCCCGUUAGCUGCAAGCAGCCCUGCCGUGCCGUGCUUAACCCAUAUGCCACUGUCGAUGUGCGCGCACGAAUCUGGAUUUGUCCAUUCUGUCUCUCUCGCAACCCUCUUCCUCCUCAUUACAAGGAUAUCACGGAGAAUACGAUACCCCCAGAGCUCCACCCCCAGAGCACGACAAUCGAGUACCAAUUGGCACGACCCGCCCCCGCGCCCCCAAUUUUCGUCUUUGUCGUCGAUACUUGCCAGGAAGAUGACAGCCUGCAGGCCGUGAAGGACUCUCUCAUCAUGAUCUUGUCGCUUCUACCGCCCAAUGCGCUCGUUGGGUUGAUUACCUUUGGCACCAUGACUCAAGUCCACGAGCUCGGUUACACGGAAUGCGCCAAGUCAUAUGUGUUCAGAGGUAGCAAGGAAUACAACGCAAAGCAGGUCCAGGAGAUGCUGGGCUUGGCCGGUGGUAUCCGUCCUGGUGUUCCCCAGCAGCAACCUGCUCGUCCCCCACUUGGCCCGGCCGCCCGCUUCCUUAUGCCAGUUCAGCAAGCCGAAUUCCAGAUCACAAAUGUGCUCGAGCAAUUGCAGCGUGAUCCUUGGCCUGUGGCCAAUGACAAGCGUCCCCUGCGCUGUACUGGUGUCGCGCUGAGCGUGGCUGUUGGUCUACUUGAGACUUCUUUCCAGAAUGCCGGAGGUCGCAUCAUGGCUUUCACCAGUGGUGCAGCCACGGAAGGCCCCGGCCAUGUGGUUUCACCUGAGCUCAGAGAGCCCAUUCGCUCCCACCACGACAUUGACCGGGACAACAUCAAAUACUACAAGAAGGCCGUCAAGUUCUACGACAGCCUUGCCAAGCGCGCUGCCAACAACGGUCACAUUGUUGAUAUUUUCGCCGGAUGUCUCGAUCAAGUGGGUCUGUUGGAAAUGAAGAACCUUUCCAACUACACUGGAGGUCAUAUGCUACUUACGGACAGCUUUACCUCGUCACAAUUCAAGCAAUCCUUCAUUCGCGUCUUUGACAAGGAUGCCAAUGACAACCUCUUGAUGGGCUUCAACGCUUCCCUCGAGGUGCUCACAACCAAGGAGCUGAAGGUCACUGGUCUGAUUGGUCACGCGAUUUCACUGAACAAGAAGUCAAGCUCCAUUGGUGAGACAGAGUGCGGUAUCGGUAACACAUGCGCGUGGAAGAUGUGCGGUAUCGACCCAUCCUCCAGCUACGGCGUCUACUUCGAAAUCGCCAACCAAGGUGGACCAGCUGCUGUGCAGCCCGGUCCUCAGCGUGGUAUGAUGCAGUUCUUGACAUACUACCAGCACUCCUCUGGGCACUUCCACUUGCGGGUGACCACUGCUGCACGCCCCCUCAGUGGGCCCGCUGGUGACCCCACCUUGGCUCAAUCCUUUGAUCAAGAGGCCGCCGCCGUGCUCAUGGCGCGUAUCGCAGUAUUCAAGGCGGAGGUUGACGACGGUCCCGAUGUUCUCCGCUGGGUCGACCGGAUGCUGAUCCGACUUUGCUCUCGGUUCGCUGACUACCGGAAGGAUGACCCUACCUCAUUCCGGUUGGAAAAGAACUUUACCCUGUAUCCUCAGUUCAUGUUCCAUCUUCGCCGAAGUCAGUUCUUGCAGGUGUUCAACAACUCCCCUGACGAGACUGCUUUCUAUCGCCAUGUCCUCAACCAUGAAGAUGCGGGUGACUCCCUGGUCAUGAUCCAGCCCACCCUCGACUCGUACUCGCUCGAGCAAGAGGGUGCUCAACCAGUGUUGCUUGAUUCCGCUUCUAUCCAGCCUGCUCACAUCCUCCUCCUUGACACCUUCUUCCACAUCCUGAUCUUCAAUGGCGAGACCAUCGCGGAAUGGAGGAAAGCUGGGUACCACGAACAAGAAGGCUACGAGAACCUCAAGAUGCUGCUUGACCAGCCUAAGGAGGACGCUAGAGAUCUCAUCGCUGAUCGAUUCCCGCUGCCCCGGUUCAUUGUUUGUGAUGCCGGUGGCUCUCAGGCCCGUUUCCUGCUCUCCAAGCUGAACCCGUCUACCACUCACACCACGGGUGGCUACGGCGGUGGUGUUUCGUCGCAAACCAUCUUCACUGACGACGUGUCACUCCAAACAUUCAUGGAUCACCUCAUGAAGCUUGCUGUAUCUGGAACCAGCUAG